AUGGGGGUGCCAUUAGCCUUGUUGGUGCUCCUGGUCAUGUGGCUAAAGUUUGCUUCCAUGGUGCGCAACGGAUAUUUCACCGAAGACCCGCCAACCAUUACGGUAGAAGAGGCUUAUCUUGACGCAAUGCUCAACGACGAAUUCGAAAUCAUCGAUCCUAUUGAAGAAUGUGAUUCAUCCGAUGAGACACUCGUCACUGAAAGUGACGGAUCCGCCAAGAGAGCACUGAACACCCCGUCCUCCAAGAACGAACUGAAUGCUUCUCCGACCUCAAAAAUGGAACCAAAGAAGGACAUUUAGAGAGCCCUUGGGAUCUAGUCAAACUUUUUACCAGGGUGGCAAUGCACACGUCAGAACUGUUCGACGUUAUAAGCAGAAUUACCAUUUUACAUACAAUAUUAUUCAAGCACAAAUUUCCCAUUGUGAUAAUAAAUCUUGAUCUUGCCAACAGAUA